UGUAUGGGUUUUGGUUUUGACGCUGUAACCAAUGACUACAAGGUUGUGAGAAUUACCAUUGAUCAUAGGGAGGAUCAGGAUCCGAGUACUUUUUAUGAGGUUUAUUCACUGGCUGGAGGCUCAUGGAGUGAUCCUUGUUCUUUGGAUCACGUAUUAGGACUUAACAAUAUUCGCAAACCCACUGCUUUUGUUAAUGGUGCUAUUCACUGGGAUGGAUGGCGCCGUUUGACAAAUGGUGGUUCUGAAUGUUUCAUUUUGGCAUUUGAUGUGGGCAGCGACUCAUUUCGCAGUAUGGUGACACCAAAGGAUUUCAGAAAGUUAUGCAGCGAGCAUUUGUGUAUUUCAGGUUACGGGAAAUCUAUUGCUCUGUCCUACUCUUGUUAUACUGAAAUUAUAGAGCCUCGUCUUGAUAUAUGGGUGAUGAAAGAGUAUGGUGUGGAAGAGUCAUGGACCAAAUUGAUAACACUAUAUCCACCAGGUCCAGAAGGACAAUCUUUGUACCAACCAUUAUGGUUUAGGAAGAGUGGUGAUGUAGUGUUGGUACUGACUGAAAGUUUUCUGAAAGAUGAUAGUAGGCAUGAAUUAGUUUGUUUAGACCUUGUGAGCAAGCAAUAUACAAAUCUUGGAAUUCAUGGAUAUAGAUAUUACUAUGCUGAAUCUUAUGUUGAGAGCCUCGUCUUACUCGACAAGACCGAUGCAGUAUCUUACUGAGGAAAAGAACAGGUAGAAAAUGGGGCAGAUAACCUUCAAGACUUUUACGAUGCCGUCUCUGUAUAGCUGCGUAGUGCUAGCGUUGUUGCUUCUAAUGUUAAAUUGUUCCAAAGUGUAUCAAGAUUUUCAAUCUUUGAUGAAGUGUACCUUUCUGUUUGCUAGGAGAUCGUUUGGGAUUUACCCUUCUUAUUUAACUCUCUGUAAUUUCAAGUUAGACUAGAAAAAGGUCAUCGCUUGUACUAGGGAUUUUCUGUCGUGUGAUGAAUAUCCCGUCACUAAAUUUGCCAUUGGUUAGAAAUAACCUUUUUUU